AUGUCGUCCACCCAGAGCGUGCAGUGCUUCGGCAAGAAGAGAACCGCCACCGCCGUUGCCCAGUGCAAGGCUGGCAAGGGCCUCGUCAAGGUCAACGGCAAGCCUCUCUCGCUUGUCCAGCCUGAGAUCCUCCGCUUCAAGGUCUACGAGCCCCUCCUCGUCCUCGGCCUUGACAAGUUCGCCAACAUCGACAUCCGCGUCCGCGUUACCGGUGGUGGUCACACCUCCCAGAUUUACGCCAUCCGUCAGGCCAUCGCCAAGUCGGUUGUCGCUUACUACCAGAAGUUCGUCGACGAGCACUCGAAGAACAUGCUCAAGCAGGCCCUCGUUCAGUUCGACCGCACCCUCCUCGUCGCCGACAACCGCCGGUGCGAGCCCAAGAAGUUCGGUGGUAAGGGUGCCCGCUCCAGAUUCCAGAAGUCCUACCGUUAA